CGACACGCAUAAACUACAUCUGCUAUCGCUGACAUUUGAGAACAAACACAGAGACGCGUUCACAUUCAGGUACCAGAGGAACACCAAUGUUCAGGUAAUCUGGUUCGGCGCCUCCACACCGGCCACAAUGACAGCUGUCAUCACCCCAGGUUUGCCGGAGACAGUGAUUGAUAAAAUCAGCCAUGGACUGGCCGAAGACUGGCACAAGUUCGGCAUCCAUAUCGGUUUCUCCAGUAUUCAGCUACAGAACCUUCAAGCCUCAUUUCAAACAAUGGGUCUGUGCUGUGCAGUUGCUCGGAUGCUGGACAAGUGGGGGAAAGUUGUUGUCCAGUCCUGGAAGAUGGACAAGAGCAUGCAGUUCCUUGGCAACAUCCUAGAUCAGAUUGAAAGACGCGAUAUUGUGGAAGACCUCAAUCUGGAACAAGUAAACGAAGCCACAUUCGAUUUCACCCUUGAUUUGGAAAUAGUAAACAAGCUCAAAAGUAUCUGCCUUUGUCUGAAAUGGUCUCCAAAUAUUGAUGUUCGCCUGCUGAGUCGCGUCCAAAAAUGGAAAGAAGACUGUGAUCUCUUCUACAAGACAAGAGCUUACAAACAGAUUCGGCGAAUCGUAGAUGAAAAAGGGAUUGUGAUCAUCACUGGAAAGCAAGGGGACGGGAAAACAUUCCUUGCUGAACACCUUGUACUACAUUACCUUUCCCUCGGAUAUGAAGUGGCAACGGUCAACUCUCCUAAAGAGUGGAGACAGAGAUGGAACCCAAACAUCAAACAGAUCAUAUUCAUCGAUGACGUAUUUGGAAAGACUCAAGCCUUCCCAAGUCUGGCUUUGGAACAAUGGGCUCUUCUUGGUCAGGAAAUGACAGAAUGCAUUGGCCAGGGCCACACAAAGGUCAUUUCAACCGUUAGAGAUUACAUUCACAAAGACUGUCAAGGAAUAGUCCGUGGAGUGGAGAUUUUUCGGAACAUUGUCAAUAUUUCAAGUGAUGAGUGGAAAUUGACAUUUGAUGAGAAAUUUCGAAUGUUGGAGCUUCAUCUCAAGCAUUUUGAUGUAAGCAUUAACAAAAACAAGAUGAAGGAAAUUGCACAGAAUGACUACAUCCAAGGAUUCCCCCUUCGAUGCAGAAUAUUUUUCUCAGAUCAGCAGCUCAAGAAGCAGGGCGUUAGCUUUUUCCUGGGGCAUUUGGCUGAUGUUUUGGUUGAUGAACUCAAUUACUUGAAGCAGACAGACAAAAUCAAAUAUUUUGCACUUGUGAUGUUGUUGUUUUGGGAUGGUAUAAUUCCAGAAGAAACUUUUAAAUCUGGCAAGGAGCAGGGUGUGGGGACACGAAUUGUAAAAUUCCUUGGACUGAAGUCACCUGAACCUGUAGAAAGGCUAUUUACAGUUCUGCGAACUGAGCUUGGACUUCACGAUGAGAUAAUGGAAAUGUGUAAACUGCAUGAAGUCUUUAUUUCCUUGACAGGUACAUACGUUAUUAAGGUGGGACCUUCAUUUCGUUUUGUACAUGAAUCAGUAGCCGAAGCGCUUGCCUACAUUUUUGGUAAUUCUCCAAAAUACCAAGAUUUCUACAUUACUCACUGUUCUUUCCUGGAGCUUCAACAGCGAGUUCUGUUAUCCCUAAGUGACUGUGCAUUCAGACGGAACCCCUGCUCAGUAACUAUAAACGCCCAGUCAUUCUCAACACUGGCUGAGCGUCUUACACUGGAGGUAGAAAGAGGACAUGCAUCAGAUUUGCUCAACGACUCAAGGUUCUUCAAAAAAGGGUUCCCUGAACACUGGAAGAACUACCUUUCUGGACUAGAACCGAAGAAACUUAAGAAUAUCCUGGACUUGAAGGAUAAGCGAGGGAACAGCUUUGCAAGUCUUGUUGCAAGACAAGGUUGCGUGCCCUUGCUAGAAUUUGUGAUAUCCACAACAUCCACACCAACAGCCAGUCAACUCAUGUUACAGGCUGCAUCAACAGGCAAAACAGAAGCUGUGGAAAUGUUGCUGAACAAAGGGGCAAAUAUCAACCAAAAAACGAGUCUUGGUCAGACCGCAUUGCUGCUGUCGUCCGUUGAAGGACAUAUUUCAUUAGCUAACUUCCUUCUGGAGAAAGGAGCUGGCAUCAACAUCACCGACACACAAGGGUGCUCCCCUCUACACAGUGCCAGUGCUCAUGGACAGCUUUCUAUUGUUCAGCAGCUUCUUGAAAGGGGUGCAAACAUCAACUGCUGUGAUUCGAUCGGCUCCACUGCGAUAUUUUACGCAUCCCUGAAAGGACAUUUAGAAAUAGUGCAGACUCUGAUUGACCAUGGCGCAGACAUAACAAUGAGCAAUACAUUUGGAGGGCAGCCUUUACUCGCAGCGUGUGUCAAUGGACACAUGGCUGUGAUACAGAGUGUGCUUGUUAAGAAACCAGAUUUAAACCAUAAGGAUUUCAAUGGCAAAACAUGCCUCCAUUGGGCGUCGCAGCGCGGGUUUUCUGAAAUAGUGGAAACUCUUAUUGGUAAAGGAGCAGAGGUCAACCUGAAAGACGAGAAAUUGCAGACGCCACUUCACUUGGCAGCACUGAAGGGUCACACUCACAUCUGGCGUAUACUUGUGGCUUCAGGAGCCAACAUGUACAGCACUGAUAGAGACGGAAAUACUCCAGUGGCACUGGCGAACAAAGAGUCGAAAAUUCCAUUCCUGUUUGACUAAUGUUAUGUGAUUGUCAUGUCUGUGAUUCUGUGAAUAGUGUAUGUUAGAUGUCAAUACCAACGCUGUUGGCGAACGGUCAAAUCUGUAUAGAA